AACAUUUCUGUGAACUUUUUGUAUGUAUAUUUCAAGGACCCUGAUUUUAUAGCUAUGAGAAGGGGAGAACUCUAUGGCUUUGCUGACUUAAUAGCUAAUUGUGGAGGACUUCUUGGACUCAGCUGUGGGUUCAGUAUCCUCAGUGUAGCAGAGCUUCUAUUCCACCUCACUCUGCGGUUAUGGAACAAUAAUAAGCGCAGGGAAGAAGAAGUCAGUAAGAGUGUUGUACCGAACAUUCAAGUGCAGAAAAAUAUGCCACCAGUCUGGACCCAUAAAUUCCUUUAUUAAUAUCUUCAUGAUUAUUUGGAACACUUUAGCUGACAUUUUUGAGGAAAUAGGAUCUUGAUGUCUUUGUACAAUGUAUAUUAACAACAACAAAAUAAAAGUAAUUUUGAUAAGCAAGACACAACUAAACUGACGAUUGAACCUAUUUGGCAUAUUUAAAAUUAGUAUUAAGUUACUGUGAGUACUGAACAUUGUGUACAUACUACAAGCUCUUGCUCUCAACACUUCUA